GCCUGAUGUUUACAGAGGUGUUGAAAGGAGGAAGUGCACUGAUGGGGGAGUGGAAAUUCAGAAGUCCUUGGUGAGCUCUAAUGGGAUGCAACAAAAUGUUACGGUUGCGUUUUUAAUUGGUCGUAUCCUUUGGGGAAUUGUAUCUGUUAUUUGGUUUGUUCAGAAUGAAAUCAUUCACCCGUGUUUUGACUCCUCAGUGGUGGUAAACCAGUGGACUCGCUUAACUAGUGUCUUAAUCACUCUCCUCAGAUCAGGAUUAGAGCCUCAUAAAACAGCAUUACUGACUGGCUUUUGGAGCUGCUUUGUUUGCCUUUCGGAUAUACAGUGAAUAUGUGUGACAUCCAUUGAUACAAUCUCACUGUAAUAUUUAUAUCUUUAGUGUGUCCGAUGAUGGAAAACCUCACGCCAGAACAAUGGCGCGAGAUUGUGAACAAGAAGUUUCGCUUCCCUCCGGAGCUCCUCGGGGCCAUCCGAGAGGGCAACGUGAACAUGGUCUCUUCGCUGCUGAAGACGGGUGACGGCAUCAUCCGCCAGCUGGACGACUCUGAGGACAGGCUAUGGAGAGAAUCGCUGAACUUGUCCAUCCGACUGGGCAACGAGGACACCAUAGACACCCUUCUCCAAGCUGUCAAGUUUGACUUCCGGCAGAUUCACGAAUCUCUUCUGGUUGCCGUGGACACCAACCAGCCUCGUGUGGUCAAGCGCCUCCUGGACCGGCUUGAUCUAGAGAAGGGAAACAAGAUGGAUGUGCGCUCUUUCUCAAUGGCCAUUUUUGACCACUCCAUUGAUGAUUCCCAGUUUGCCCCUGGAGUGACACCAUUGACACUGGCCUGUCAGAAGGAUCUGUAUGACAUUGUGACAAUGCUCAAUCAGAAAGGUCACGAAAUUCCUUGGCCGCAUAAAAUCUCAUGCAUCUGUCUGGAGUGCAGGAAUGGACGGCAAUAUGAUUUGCUCAAGUUCUCACUGUCUCGUAUCAACACCUACCGAGGAAUUGCCAGCCGCGCUUACCUGUCCAUCACCGCAGAAGAUGCCAUGCUCAGUGCCUUUCGACUCAGCCGGGAUCUUCGCAAGCUGUCUAAAAAGGAACCUGAAUUUAAGCCUCAGUAUCUUGCCCUGGAGCAGCUGUGCCAGGAGUUUGCCGUGGAGCUGCUUGGAAUGUGUCGGAACCAAAGUGAGGUCACCACCAUCCUGAACAGCCUUGGGGAUCAGGAUGAGGACAGCGAGGACGAGCUGGACCAGCAGACGUUUGAGGAGGGCAUUCCAAACCUGGCUCGCUUAAGGCUUGCCGUCAACUAUAAUCAAAAACAAUUUGUAGCCCACCCGAUCUGCCAGCAAGUGCUCUCCUCCAUCUGGUGUGGGACCCUUUCAGGCUGGAGGGGCAGCAGAACAGCCUGGAAGCUCCUUGUGUCUUUUGGGAUCUUCUUGACCAUGCCUAUCCUUUGCCUCAUCUACUGGAUCGCACCAAAGUCAAAGUUGGGGAAGAUUCUGAGGAUCCCAGUGAUUAAAUUCCUUCUCCAUUCGGCUUCAUACAUGUGGUUCCUGAUCACACUUCUGGGGGAAUCUAUUGCCAUGGAGGUGUAUCGAGACAACUUUGCCUCUCGUGAGCAGACCAUCCUGCACAACUCCUUCCACAUGGUCUGGGUGGUUGGUUUUUUCUGGUUCGAGUGUAAGGAAAUUUGGAUCGAGGGCUUGAGGAGUUAUUUCCUAGACUGGUGGAACUGUCUGGAUGUGAUGGUUCUUAGCAUGUACCUGGCUUCCUUCGCCCUGAGGGUGGUCCUCAUGCUCAAGGUCCACUUCGUCUGCCAGUUACCUGACAAACAGGACGAGUGUGUCUACUUCACCGAGACUUUGCGUGAUGAGUGGCAUCAGGAGGAUCCCCAGUUCAUCGCUGAGGUGUUGUUUGCGGUGACCAGCAUGCUGAGUUUCACUCGCCUGGCUUACAUCCUACCAGCACACGAGUCUCUUGGUACCCUGCAGAUCUCCAUCGGAAAGAUGAUUGACGACAUGAUGAGAUUUAUGUUCAUUUUGGUGAUCAUUGGAACCGCCUUCCUGUGUGGCAUCAACAAUAUCUAUGUCCCAUACAUGAUUUCCCCUAAUCUUGGAAGGCUAAAUGAAACCUUCAGCUUCCUCUUCUGGACCAUGUUUGGUAUGGUCGACCAGAGAUAUGUGGACAUGCCUGAGUUUGUUUUGGCUGAGUUUGUUGGCAGAAUUCUUUAUGGCAUCUACACUCUGAUCAUUGUCAUUGUCCUUCUAAACAUGCUGAUUGCCAUGAUCACCAACUCUUUUCAGAAGAUUGAGGAUGAUGCUGAUGUAGAGUGGAAAUUUGCCCGUUCUAAGCUCUACCUGAGUUACUUCAGAGAAGGACUGACUAUGCCUGUCCCGUUCAACAUCAUCCCCUCUCCAAAGGCCAUUUUCUAUCUUUUAAGAGGGAUUUUCAGACGGAUCUGCUGCUGCUGCUUCAACUGUAACUCUGCUGCAGACUACCCUUCACUUGCAUCUAUGAAGGAUGACGGGAGUCCAGGGGAGAACCGUGUUUCCUACAGACAGCAGGUCAUCCGCGCUCUGGUUCAGCGCUACAUCGAAUCUGCCAGGAGAGAAUUUGAAGAGACAAAACGCAAAGAUGUUGGGAACAGGAUCACAGAGCUGAGCAAAGUGAUCGGGAAGCUACACACUGAAAUGAAACACAUUCAAACGGACCUGUUUGACCACUCAGACAACCCUAAAGGAGACCCGUCGGGCGGAUCUUCUUUCCUGGGGAAGUACAUCCUUGGAGCCAAAAACAACUUCAAGGGCUUCAACAGCAAUGAGGGAAAUACUGUUCCAUUAAAUGAGCAUACACUGCAUGAAGAACCAGCAGAGGAGACUGUAGAAGAGAAAGAUGAAGAGUCACCGACUGCUGACACAGAGCCAGACAGGAAGUCAAAUGAAGAGCAAAACAGUGAGGGAGAAACAGAUAACACUGUGGAAGACAUAAAUGAGACAGAGCGGGGAGAAGAUGAGGGGGACAUGGAGACAGGAAAUGAUGAUAUUAUUGAGAUAAGCAUGGAGGGAGAGGAGGAGGACGGUGAAAAGAAUACAGAGAAUACAAGUGAGACAGUCAUAGAUAUAGAGUCUAACACAGAUACUGAAAGUGAAGCUAGUGGGAAAACAGAAGAUGAGAUGAUAGCGGAGGAAGCCAGUGAUAAUGUGGAGGAAUUAAAUACAGAUGAGGCCACAGGAGGAGCGGAUCUAAAUGAAGCAGAGACAGAGGAAAACGGAGAGGUUGAGGAAAGUAAUGGAGCAACAGAUGAUAUAAAUGUAGUUGAAGUCGUCAAUGAAAAUGAAGGUGAGGGAAUCAAGAUUGACCUGAAUCAGACAAGCCUAGUGAGUUUCUUAGCAAAGAGGAUAGAGGAAAAGCUAGAGAAGAAUUUCACUUUCAUUGGAAACCAAGCAUCAUCUCCAACUGGCAGCGACGACUCCCAAGACACCGGUUUUGGUUCUCAAGAAUUUGACCUCUCAACUAGCAGUCCUUAAAAGUUAUCAGUUAGUUUGAAAUGACUAGCUUAUGAGAACCCUAGCUGAGAGCAUUUUUAGUGUUUUAAGGUAAUAAAAUGCUUUGUUACAGUGGCCUCACAAAGUAUUUGGACACUUUUGUCACACUAAAAAUGUCUGAAUGUCAUUACAAUUGAAAAUAAAUUAACAAACCAAGUCACCUGAAAACAAAUGAUUCUAGAGCUUUUAGCUUUACUCAAAAGUAACUUAAUGUUCACAGAGGUGUAGUUUAUUACAUUAACUAUAAACAUGCUGACAUUUGAAUACUAUUGUUCUACUCAUUUGAAAUGUUCACUUGUUCUAUAUUCUUUGUAAUAAAUGGCAAUUGGUUACCUUAGAUAUUGCAGACAAACCACUGCUCAAAAGUUUGGAGUCGGCAAGAUUUUUUUGGAAAAUAACACUUUUAGUAAUACAAGGUGUUGCAUUAAUUUGAUCAAAAACAGAAAAUACUUUUACAUUGCUAAGAAAAUAGUAUUUCACAAUAUUACUGUUUUGCUGUAUUUCUUACCAACCUCAAACCUUUGAACAGUGGUCUAUUUUUAAGUGUGCCUUGUGUGACAAAAUACUUUUUGCCGCCAUUGCAUACGCUGUAUAACGUACUUUGAAAGAAACAUUCUGGUUAUUCGGUCCUCUGAAACUGUAAAUUAUCUUGUAAAUCAUGUAGAUUAAAUCAUUGUAGAAGUCAUGUCAUUAAUAAAAUCCAUAGAGCACCAUUUCACAAUAUUGUACUUAUAAAUAUGCAAUGUAAAAGUCAUCAUACUAGAAAUGAAUUCCUAUUAAAGCAGUAAUUUAAUCAUUUUAACUCCAUAUAAAACCCAGAAUACAUAGAUGGAGAUGGUUAAAGAAAUGUAUGCGAGCAAAUUUAUCGCCCCAGAGACCAUAUGUACAUGUUGCAGCUUGUUCAACACCUGCUGUUUGUGACAAUUGCCACUUUUCCCAUGAGGCCUCCAGGACUAUUCAUUAACCAAUCACCUGCAGCCUCAGACCCUCCCCAUGCACCUCUACUGGAACGUCACACCUGUUCCCAUAACCAUAGUAAUAAAUGACCUGUUACUGCACAGGGUAAUGCUGGUGGGAAUACAUCAGACAACAAUAUAUGUAGCACUAGUACAUUAUCAUUUUUAGGUGUUUGAAUGUAAAUACACGAAACCGAAAAACAAGCCAAACAAUCACACGUACCCUUUCA